AGAAGCCAUAUGAGUGUAAUGAGUGUGGGAAAACCUUCCGUUUGAAUGCAUAUCUUACUCUACAUUAUAAAAUUCACACUAGAGAGAAACCUUAUGCCUGUAAUGACUGUGGGAAGGCCUUCCAGAAUAGCACAUAUCUUACCAGGCAUCAGAGAAUUCAUACUGGAGAGAAACCAUAUGUAUGUAAUGAAUGUGGGAAGGCCUUCACCCAGAAUGCAGGACUUUCCUUGCAUAAGAGAAUUCAUGCUGGAGAAAAACCAUAUGAAUGUAAAGAAUGUGGGAAGGCCUUUUGCCAGAGUUCCCAGCUUAUUCAACAUCAGAAAAUUCAUACUGGUGAGAAGCCAUAUUCAUGUAAUAUAUGUGGCAAAGCCUUCCACAGUAGCACAUACCUUACCCAACAUCAGAGAACUCAUACUGGAGAGAAACCUUAUGUAUGUAAUGAAUGUGGGAAAGCUUUCACCCAGAAUGCAGGACUUUCUUUGCAUAAGAAAAUGCAUGCAGGAGAAAAACCUUAUGAAUGUGAAGAAUGUGGGAAGGCCUUUUGCCAAAGCUCACAGCUCAUACAACAUCAGAGAAUCCAUACUGGUGAGAAACCUUAUGUAUGUAAUAUAUGUGGCAAAGCCUUCUAUAGCAGCACAUACCUUACUCAACAUCAGAGAAUUCAUACUGGAGAGAAACUUUAUGUAUGUAAUGAAUGUGGGAGAGCUUUCACCCAGAAUGCAGGACUUUCUUUGCAUAAGAAAAUACAUGCUGGGAAAAAACCUUAUGAAUGUGAUGAAUGUGGGAAGGCCUUCCGCCAGAGGACAGGUCUUACAGAACAUCAAACAAUUCACAGUGGUGAGAAGCCAUUCGAAUGUCACGAGUGUGGGAAGGCCUUCCGCCUGAGAACACAGUUCAUUCACCAUCAUAGAAUCCAUACUGGGGAGAAACCAUAUGAGUGUAACAUAUGUGGGAAAGCCUUUAGUCAAAGAACAGAACAAAAUCGGCAUUACAGAAUACAUACUGGAGAAAAACGCUAUGAAUGUAACGAAUGUGGAAGGGCCUUCAGAUUGAGCACACACCUUACUCGACAUAAGAGAAUCCAUACUGGUGAGAAACCCUAUGAGUGUAACAAGUGUGAAAUGGCCUUCCGGCUAAAAGCACAGCUUACUCACCAUCAGAGAAUUCAUACUGGAGAGAACUUUUAA